AAAUCAAGUCUCUCCCCUCUCCCUCCAACACAAACACACGCACAUCCACUGUGGGCGUGUUUUCCCUCCAGCUGGAGUAGAUAGAGGCGGCGCUGCACCGAGCUGUGCUGACGGGGAUCGGCCGUGUCUCAGUGCGCAGUCAGCGGUUGACGCUCCAUCAAUGCACACACCGAGCACCUCACCACGCACGCUCCGGGACAGACGUGGACCCCACACUACAGCUCGGUGCCUUGGGGGCCGCUCGCUGUGAACUUGGUACGCCCACUCUGACGCUCACUGGGGGGUCUGAGGCGCUCUUUAAGACCCCAGCUGUGAAUUUGUUCAGUGACGGCGGAGAGAGAUGAAGACAUGCAUCGUGUUAGUGGCUGUUCUGCUGCUGCCUCGCAUCCAAGCAGUGUGCCCGGAUCAGGAGCCAGGACUGCAGCCUUGGAUGCCCGGACACAGUGAAGACCACCGUGUCACCAUUGGUUAUGGCAGGAAGGUCCUCCUCACAUCUUCAGCGACUGUUCACUCCAUCACCAUUCUCAAUGGAGGAAAGCUGGUAAUCGCUGACACUAGCAGGCCCAUACUGCUUCGAACAAAACACAUACUGAUCGGGAACAAAGGGGAGCUCCACAUCGGGAGCCCAGACUGUCCGUAUAAAGGCAACCUGACCAUCUCACUGUUUGGAAGAUUGGAUGACAGCGAUCAGGAGCACAGCUACUUUGGGAGGAAGUACAUCGGUGUUGGGACAGGAGGGACGUUAGAGAUCCACGGAAAAAAGAAACUUUCUUGGACUUUUCUUAACAAAACCCUCCGUCCAGGAGAGAGCAGCAUUAACACCUACUUGUUCCAGAGAAGCUGGGGGAAACGGGGCAUCAUCGUCCACGUCAUCAACCCCAAGACUGGAAAGGUGCUGCACAUCGAUAGGUUUGACACAUACCGCAGUAAGGAUGAGAGCCGUCGUUUGUCAAAGUACCUUGAUGGAGUGGAUCUGGGACUCAUUCUGGUCUUGGUUGUCAAUGAUGAGGGCUCCAAUAACCUGGAGGACUCGGCUAAGAAGAGCCUGACCAGGCUGGGAAGUCAACACAUCAAGAGUCUGGGAUUUAGGCAUCCUUGGACUUUCAUCGUGACCAAAGGGGACUCGUCCUGUGUCGCGGAGGAUCAUGCCGCCUAUGAAGGGACCAGGGCCUCUUCAGAAGCCCGGAGCUCUUGUGUUUUUCGUUCAAGUAACAAGGAAGAUUUCACCAUCACCGCAAGCAGCCAAUGGGUGCAAGAGGCAGAGUGGACUGAGUGGUUCGAUCGGGACGAUGAGAGGGGCUCUGGAGACUGGGAGAAACUGUCAGACCUACACAAGGCCUAUCCAGACCGACUGUGUAGUUCUCCUCUGGACAUCCAGGCUGAAACUCAUGACGGCACACCGGCCAACCAGACCGGAGAUGUGAUCCACAAGAAUGAUAGGGACUACGGCUUUGUCUGUCUCAACAAAGACCAGGCGCAUGGUUUCUGUCAAAACUACAGGGUUCGAUUCCUCUGUGGAAAACUGGUUCGCCCACAGGCAUCCAUUUCCAUCGACAUGUCGUCCAAUAGCAGCAUCCUGGAGCUUGCUGACCAACCACAGGGCUGGGGGCCCUCAGAUCGGGUAGUGGUGGCCAGUACUGACUACUCCAUGCACCAGACAGAAGAGUUCACCCUGCUACCUUGCCCCACCUGCACACCCAACCAGAUCAAGGUUCAAGGUAAGGCCAAGUUCGUUCACAUUGGCGAGGAGGUGGACGGCGUGGAUAUGAGAGCGGAGGUGGGCUUACUGACUCGUAACAUCGUGCUCCGUGGGGAGAUGCAGCCUGGCUGCUAUGCUAACGAAGCCUGCAAGUUCUUCGACUUUGACACUUUUGGAGGACAUUUGAAGGUGGAGAAAGGCUUCAGGUCGGUUCAUAUAUCUGGGAUGGAGCUGCAGCAUAUGGGCCAGCAGACCAUGGGACACUAUCCUGUCCAUUUCCAUAUGAAUGGAGACAUAGAUGAGAAGGGCGGCUAUGAUCCCCCCACCUUCGUCACUGAUUUAUCUAUCCACCACUCCUUCUCCCGCUGUGUAACCAUUCACGGCUCCAAUGGGCUUUUGGUAAAGGACGUGGUUGGCUACGACACGCUGGGCCACUGUUUCUUCACGGAAGAUGGUCCAGAGGAGAGGAACACGUUUGAUCACUGCCUGGGUCUGAUGGUGCGAGCUGGGACUCUGCUGCCUUCAGACCGAGACAGCAAAAUGUGUAGAGACAUCACCGAAGGAUCAUACCCGGGAUAUGUACCCAACCCACGCCAGGACUGCAGUGCAACUUCAACUUUCUGGAUCGCCAACCCUAGUAACAACCUCAUCAACUGUGCUGCUGCAGGCUCAGAGGAAACAGGCUUCUGGUUCAUCUUCCACCACGUUCCCACGGGCCCCUCAGAGGGCCUCUACCCCCCAGGACAGACUGAGCACACACCGAUGGGUCAGUUCAUCAACAACAGAGCCCACUCCAACUACAGGGCUGGUAUGAUCCUGGAUAACGGAGUCAAGACUACGCAGGCAACUGACAAGGACAAGAGACCAUUCCUGUCUUUGACUGGAGCCAGGUACGGUCCCCACCAGGAUGCUGACCCCUUCAAACCCAGGAUUCCGGCUCUGAUCCACCAUUUCGUGGCCUUUAAGAACCAGGACCACGGAGCCUGGCUGAGAGGAGGAGAUGUGUGGCUGGACGACUGCCAAUUUGCUGAUAACGGCAUCGGCCUCACUCUUGCGAGUGGAGGGACGUUCCCAGACGAUGACGGCUCCCAUCAGCAGGUGAUAAACUCCCUGUUUGUCGGUGAAAGUGAAAAUCGUGGGAUGCCGCUCCCUGACAACAACAUCUGGGGCCCUGGUGGUUCUGAUUUUACCGAAAGAACGCUCCCUCGUGGCAUAGAUUUUCCCAUCCGAGGCAUGCAGAUCUAUGAUGGACCAAUCAACAUGCAGAACUGCACUUUUAGAAAGUACACCGCUCUGGAAGGGCGACACACCAGCGCCUUCGGCUUCAGGCUCAACAACUCCUGGCAGAGCUGCCCCAACAAUAACGUGACCAACAUUACGUUUGACCACGUACCUAUCACAUCUCGGGUGUUCUUUGGGGAGCCUGGACCCUGGUUCAAUAAGAUGGAGAUGGACGGCGACAAAACUACCAUCUUCCAUGACAUCGAUGGCUCAGUCAGCGAAUAUCCUGGAGCCUUUCUGGUCAAGGAGGACAACUGGCUGCUCCGGCACCCAGACUGCAUCGAUGUGCCCGACUGGAAGGCCGCUAUCUGCAGUGGGCACUACGCACAGAUCUACGUCCAGAUCCGAAACCCAGCUCAUCUGGACAUGCACAUCGUGAGAAAUGAGUACCCUGAUCGGCCCCUAACCCUGGAAGGCGCUCUUGGAAAGAGAAAACACUACCAGCAGUUCCAGCCUGUCAUUACUUUAGCUAAAGGUUACACCAUCCACUGGAACGAGGCAGCACCAGCAGAGGUUGUCAUCUGGCUCAUCAACUUCAACAGAAACGACUGGAUCAACGUGGGCAUCUGUUACCCACAUGGCACCAACUUCACCAUCAUCUCCGACCUCCACAACCGCUUGACCAAGCAGACCCGCAAGACUGGCGUCUUCAUGAGGACGACACAGAGGGACAAGGUCCACCAUUCCCACCAGGCCAGAGGAUACUACUACUGGGAGGAGGACACCGGACUGCUGUUCCUGAAGGUUAAAGCCCACAACGACAGGGAACAGUUUGCUUUCUGCUCUGUCAAAGGCUGUGAGAGGGUAAAGAUCAUGGCUGUCAUCCCUAAAGGAAGUCCGCCUAGCGACUGCAGGGCCCGGGCCUACCCCAAACACGCUGAGCUGCCUGUUGUAGAUGUACCCAUGCCCAGAAAGAUGUCUGAUGGCCCGCUGCACUCUCAUGAACACUUCGUGGAAAUCAGACUGGAGUCCUACAACACUCGCUUCUUCCACAUCAAGGAGGACUUUGCCUUUGCUGAGGUGAAUGGACGGAAGUUUUACCAACCAGAGGACGGGGUGCAGCUGACUGUUAUCGACGGCCAUAAUGGAGAGGUGGUGGAGAGCAAAGGCUUCAGGAACUCCAUCCUACAGGGCAUCCCAGCACAGAUCGACAGUUACAUCACUGGACUAAGAGAUGGGUCAAUUGUCCUCUUAACGUCAAAGGGUCGUCUGGUUACCCGAGGAUCCUGGACGAAAGCCCUGGAGAGGCUCGGCAUAGACAGAAGCAUCAAGUUAAAAGAUAAAGUUGCCUUUGUGGGCUUCAAGGGCUCCUUCCACCCUGAGUGGGUCCAUCUGGAGGUGGACGCUGACCACGCCAAGGUGCAUCAAGUUCUGCCUGUGCCCGUGCUCCCCAAGUUAAAGCUAUGAGUGAGUGCAGCAGGGAGGAGAGCCGAGAGACUAUGAAGCUCAAAGACAAAGAGACUCCACCCCUCCACGACGACGAUCAGCACCAUCACCGCCCUGAAGCACACACCAAGUAUACAAUCAAUACACACUGCCUGAGUUGGCCCACCUACGCCAUGGGUCCAAGAUCAAACACUUUCUGUUCCCCUUGAGAUUAUGGUGGUUACAGAAACCGACAGCAAUUAUCACUGCCCAUGAACAACUCUGCAAGUAUGUUUACAUGCACGGGGAAGUUGACUAAUAUCUUUGUUCUUGACUGUGAGAGAAUCCAUUUAUUGGCAGAAGUAUGCCAGACUCUGCUACGCUAGGCAGCAAUAUAGCCCUUUCAUCUGGUUACUGUUGGCUGCAUGUUGAAUGGUGAAAACAAAAAUGAUUACACGGGUUUGUACAUUCUGUACAUUGUAAAUGUUCAAUAUUUGUUCUUUGGGUACAAAUAUGAUGCACAUUAUCCCCCUAGUUUAUGGUGAAAUGCAGCGGCAGACAGCAGCGUGACCACUGCUGCUGUGCUUUGUAGGUGUGCUGUUCAACUUACGGGUUAAAGUCUGGCGUGGACGCUGUGGAGCAUUUUAAGAUCUACAAGUUUAGUUUGGGUCAGAUUGAGGUGUAAACAUUAUAAUCUGUGUCCACCGCUGCCAUCUUUGUGCUGGCAGCGCCUUCAACCUUAUUGUUUAUCUGCUUUCCUUGGUAGCACCUGCAAUACCGAAUAGCUCUGCUUGCUUAUUGUUUUUCCUUAUUUGAGGAAAUAUCACCAAGAAAACAUGACCACAAUGUAGAUGAAUCCAGUCCUGGCAUAGCAGCAGCACUAGACCUGGAAACUUUACCCUCUAAAAUACAAGUUCCUGUUUAUGUUGCUGUUAUUUCUUUACCCAUAACAUCCCAGAGUAGAGCCUCAGUUCUGCAGAAGAAUAUGGGUUGAACCAUGGUUUUGCCCAGGCUCACUUCAGCAGUAUUAGCCCAUAAAAUAAGUUAUUUUUUUUAAAGUUAAGGACAGUAAAGUUUGAAAUAAAAAGCAUCAUGAAGUAACCUAGCAAAGCAGAUGGAUUCGCCCGUUUCCUUGUUUGUCACUGGCGAAUCCAUCUUGC